AUGGACUUAAUUAGCAAUAUAUGGUAUACUCAUCCGUAUAUUACAAGCACUGUUGUGAUCAUCACUAGUAUUGCAAUGCAUGGUGUGCCCGGUCCGUGCUAUAUGGAAAUACCCAUGUUCGAGCCACACCACGAAUACACUCAGCGUGCGUACAAAAAGUACGGCCGAGUGUACGGAGCUUACGACCUGACCCGGCGCACCAUUGCCAUCAACGACCCGGAGCUGCUCAAAGACAUUAUGGUGAAAGACUUUCACAUUUUCCCCGACCACAAACAUUUUCACAUGGGUAGCUCAAAAAUCAACCAGAGUAUUUUCCUAUUGCCCGGUAAUGACCAGUGGAAACGGAUCAGGUCAAUCAUGUCACCGGCGUUCAGUUCGGGCAAAUUGAAAGCCAUGAUGGCCCACAUAUCGGACUUUUCCGACACCUUUGUCAAAAAUCUGGACCAAUAUGCUAAAUCUGCUGAACCAUUUAACAUUCGGGACAAGGUGGGCGCGUUCGCGAUGGACGUAAUCAGCGCGUGCGCGUAUGGUAUAAACAUAGACUCGAUCAACAAUCCGGACCACCCGGUAGUGGUCAACGCCAAGAAAAUACUGGGCGUGGACUCCGGGUGGCGGCAAGUGUUGGGCAUAUUGGCUCCGGGUGUCGCCAAAUUUUUUGGUGUAGAAUUUUUUGACAUCGAUGCGGCCAAUUAUUUUGACACACUUACCAAUCAAAUACUUAAGGAACGCAAACAUAAUAAUAAGUACACGAAUAGCCGGCGCACGGAUUUCGUGCAACUCAUGAUCAACUCGGAAAAGUCAAACACAGACUUGGGUUACGACAGCAAUAGUGAUGUGGACGUCACACCCCAGGAGGUGGCCGAGGGGGCGGCCAAAAAACCAAAGGGCACUCUAACACCCGACGAGUUGACAGCGCAGGGUAUGCUUCUGUAUAUCGCCGGUUAUGACACGACCAGCGCCUCCAUAGCCAACGCCGUGUUUUACUUGAGCCAAAACCCUGAGUGCCAGCGCCUGUUGGCCCAGGAGUUGAAAGCGUGCGAUGAGUUUACGUACGAAAAGUUGGUUCACUUGAAGUAUUUGAAUGCAGUUAUCAAUGAAACAGUACGACUGUCGCCAUCGCUGACCCGCAACGCCCGCGAGUGUCUCCAGGAUUAUAAGUUGGGAAAUACCGGCAUAACGAUACCUAAAGGUACGAGUGUCGAGAUAUACCCGCACGCCAUACAACGUGACCCUGAGUUCUGGCCCGAACCUGAUACUUUCAAACCCGAUCGUUGGUUUGAGCCCAAACACCACCCGAUGGCCUUCCAGGCGUUCGGCGCCGGACCCCGUGUUUGCAUCGGUCAACGUUUUGCUAUGAAUGAGAUGCGCAUGUGUUUAGCCAAACUCAUUCAUCGAUACGACUUCACUCUGGCCCAGGAGCCCAAACUAGAUUAUAUGAGAUGGCGAUUUACCUACUGGGCCAGACAUGGUGUACCUGGUCCGAACUACAUGGAAAUGCCCAUAUUUGAGCCCCACCACACUUACGUACAACGAUCGUACAAAAAGUAUGGUCGAGUGUAUGGGGGCUAUGACCUGACCCGGCGCACUAUUGCCAUCAAUGACCCGGAGCUGCUUAAAGACAUUAUGGUGAAGGACUUUCACAUAUUCCCGGACCACAAACAUUUCCACACGGGCAACUCUAAAAUCAGCCAGAGCAUUUUCUUUUUACCCGGUAACGACCAGUGGAAGCGGAUCAGAUCAAUUAUGACCCCGGCAUUUAGCUCAGGCAAAUUGAAAGCCAUGAUGUCUCAUAUAUCGGACUAUUCUGACACAUUUUUAAUUAACCUGGAUAAAUAUGCUAAAUCAGGCGAAGCAUUCAACAUACGAGACAUGGUAGGCGCGUUCGCGAUGGACGUAAUCAGCGCGUGCGCGUACGGCAUAAACAUAGACACGCUCAACAACCCGGACCACCCGGUAGUGGUCAACGCCAAGAAAAUACUGGGCGUUGACGUCAAUUGGCGGCAAGUGGUGGGCCUAUUGAUACCGGGAUUGGCCAAAAUGCUCAAGCUAGAAUUUUUCGACAUCGAAGCGGCCACUUAUUUUGACAAACUUACGAAUCAAAUACUUAAGGAAAGGAAACACAAUAAUAAGUACACGAAUAGCCGGCGCACGGAUUUCAUACAACUUAUGAUCGACUCGGAAAAGUCAAACACAGACUUGGGUUACGACAGCAAUAGCGAUGCGGACGUCACGCCCCAGGAGUUGGCCGAAGGGACAGCCAAAAAACCAAAGGGCACACUAACUCCCGACGAGCUGACAGCGCAGGGUAUGCUACUGUAUAUCGCCGGUUACGAUACUACCAGCGCUUCCAUAGCCAACGCCGUGUUUUACUUGAGCCAAAGCCCUGAGUGCCAGCGCCUGUUGGCCCAGGAGUUGAUAAAAUGUAAUGAGUUUACGUACGAAAAGUUGGUUCACUUGAAGUACUUGAAUGCCGUUAUUAACGAAACCUUACGCCUGUCGCCAUCGCUUGUUCGCAACGCACGCGAGUGUCUUCAAGACUACAAGCUGGGAAAUACCGGCAUAACGAUACCUAAAGGUACUAGUGUCGAGAUAUACCCGCACGCCAUACACCGCGACCCUGAGUUCUGGCCCGAACCUGAUACUUUUAAGCCGGAUCGUUGGUUUGAGCCCAAACACCACCCGAUGGCCUUCCAGGCGUUCGGCGCCGGACCCCGUGUUUGCAUCGGUCAACGUUUUGCCAUGAAUGAGAUGCGCAUGUGUUUGGCUAAACUCAUUCACCGAUAUGAGUUCACUCUGGCCCAGGAGCCCAAACUAGAAUAA